UGUGUCUGACACGUCGACUGUCAAAUGUCAAUUUGACAUUUAAUGUACACAUUGUACACAAAAGAUUUCUAUUACGUGUUUUCUCGUAUAUUUAAAUAAAUAGAAUGAAAUAAAAUACGACAAUGGUAGACGAAGGUACACGAAAGACUUUGAGCAGUAUUCCACUGCUGCAAACAAAAGCUGGACCGAGAGAUAAGGAAUUAUGGGUAAAUAGGUUAAAAGAAGAAUACCAGGCCCUGAUCAAGUACGUCCAAAACAAUAAGGAAGCUGACAAUGACUGGUUCCGGCUAGAGUCAGACAAGACAGGCACCCGGUGGUUCGGCAAGUGCUGGUACAUACAUAACCUGCUCAAGUAUGAGUUUGAUUUGGAGUUUGAUAUUCCAAUAACAUACCCCACCACAGCGCCAGAGAUAGCCCUUCCAAGUCUUGAUGGGAAGACAGCUAAGAUGUACAGAGGAGGCAAGAUCUGCCUCACGGACCACUUCAAGCCUCUGUGGGCGAGGAAUGUUCCCAAAUUCGGUAUAGCGCAUGCCAUGGCUUUAGGGCUUGGUCCUUGGCUGGCGGUGGAGAUUCCAGAAAUGAUACAGAAGGGGGUGGUCACGUACAAAGAGAAAACAGAAGAACAAUAAUACUGAAUGUUAUGUACAGAUUAUAAAUAUAUUGUGUACGUUUUUA